GCAUGUUUUUCUUGUUGCGAGAACUAUAUCGCUCGCUACUAAAUUCGCCGCACCCUUAGCCAAUCAAUGACGUCACAUCGAAAAUCCACGAUUAGAUAAAAUUUAUUUAAAAAUCAACGUAUUUCGUGAAAUUACAGUACACGUAUUUGAAUUUAACAGAUUGGGGUUAAGUUAUAGUAUUGGAUUACCACUCGGUAAUUAAAUUCAGAACUAGCGAGUGGCGCAAUAAGCUCCACUUUCGGUCGUUACGCGAGACGGUGAAGUCACGUAUCAAGUAGGCAGAGAAAAGUAAUUGUUAGGAAAGAAUGACUGCAUUAGUAAGAGGAGUAUUUAUUGUUGGAGCUAAACGAACACCUUUUGGCGCAUUUGGCGGACGUCUAAAAGACACGUCUCUUUCCGAGCUUGCCGUGACAGCCGGUAAAGCUGCUUUGGAGUCUUCUCAAGUACAACCUCAGCAAGUGAAUUCUGUUAUUUUUGGUAUUGUAAACCAGGCUGCGUCACCAGAUGGAAUUUACACUGCUCGUCACACUGCCUUAAAGUUAGGUCUUCCCAUUCAGACUCCCUGUCUAGCUGUUAAUCGUUUGUGUGGAUCUGGAUUUCAAGCCGUUGUUUCUGCAGCUCAGGAAAUCUGCCUGAGGGAAUCAGAAAUUGUGCUAGCUGGAGGAACAGAAAACAUGAGUUUAUCACCAUUCAUGUUGAGAGAGACCAGAUUUGGAGUGAAAUUUGGAUCUGAACCUAAGAUUGAAUGCAGUUUGUGGAAUUCUCUAAAUGAUUCUUAUGUUAAAAUGCCUAUGGCAAUAACUGCAGAAAAUUUAGCAGAAAUGUACAAAAUCACAAGAGAAGAAUGUGAUAACUUUGCACUACAGUCUCAGUUACGUUGGAAAGAUGCUCAAGAUAAUGGAAGAUUUAAGGAUGAAAUGGCUCCAAUGAAAAUAAAAAUCAAAGGGAAAGAAGAAGUCUUUGAUACAGAUGAACAUCCUAGACCAAACACUACAAUGGAAAUAUUAGCAAAAUUACCUCCAGUUUUUAAAAAAGGAGGAACUGUUACUGCUGGGAAUGCUUCUGGAAUAUGUGAUGGUGCAGGAGCAAUUGUGAUUGCCAGUGAAGAUGCAAUUAAAAAUCAUAAUCUCAAACCACUGGCUAGAAUUGUUGGUUAUAGUUAUGUAGGUUGUGACCCAAAAAUAAUGGGCAUUGGUCCUGUUAAUGCAAUUCGACAGCUGUGUGAACAAACUAACAUCAAGCUGAAUGAUGUAGAUUUGGUUGAUAUUAACGAAGCAUUUGCAGCUCAGUUUCUGGCAGUUGAGAAAGAAUUAAAGCUUGAUCCUACAAAAACAAAUGUUAAUGGUGGGGCCAUUGCCUUAGGUCAUCCAGUAGGUGCUUCUGGUGCAAGAAUUACUGCAAAUCUUGUGUAUGAAUUAAGGAGAAGAAAAGGAAAAUAUGCCAUUGGUUCAGCAUGCAUUGGUGGAGGACAAGGAAUUGCUAUUAUGCUGGAAAAUGUCCCUUAGAAAAUAUUUUUUUCUAGGCUUUUUGAAAUAAUUUUUUAUACAAUAAACAUUUGCUACAAAAAUUA